CGUUGAGUUGAGUUGGUUGGCAAGCAGCGCCGCGCAGCUGACGAGCGACUACGAAACGACGAAACAAACGAUGAAGAAUAAAACGCGAAAACAACGAAACGAUGAAACUGACUGUACAUACAGUACAUAAACACACACGUACACACAAUACGUGUGCUAGCGACGAACGAGAAUGUGCGUGUGUGUGUGAGUGUUUGCUCUAUGGCCCCGGCACACGGUGGAGAGGUACAGACGCGCCUGUUGCAAAAUUCAUUCUGGCGCUCUCAUUCGUGACGAAAGGAUGUACGCCCGGCUGUAGCCCGUAUGAAUCUACAUCCGUACAUUCCUUGCGCAAGGCCCACGCUCACAGUCGUCCCCACAGCACCCACACCCUUACAGUUGGACAUGGCCAAGGAGCAAGAAUACGAGGAGCUGCGCGAGCUGCUCCAGUCAUGGGAUGUUGCCGAUCUCCUCCCACACUUGCAAGACGAAGCCAUCAACGUGGACGAACUGCAGAUGAUCAAGCGGCACCACCUGGCCGAGCUGCUGAGCAACUUUCGGUUCGGCACCCGCAUACGCUUCGAGCAUCACUUGGAACGUUGGCGACGCUGGCUGAACGUGCCCCUCCAGGGCGUUCAGGGGCAGAGUCAGACGCACUGCCAGGGCUGUCGGUGCGCGGAGUCGGCGGCCCCGUCCAUUAUCUGCCAUCCCCAGAUGGGCGGGCAGUCGGACAGCGCCGGGGACAGUGGCAAGUCCGAUGAUCUCGCCAAGACACUGCCGGCAGAGCCACUGGUCUCCCUCACUGAUCCCAGAGAGACGGUACAAGCCCCCUUUCAUAUCCCUAUGCAGCCCCAGUUGGAGCCCAGCGAGAUUCUGAGUACGACGCUAGUCACUAACGUCAAGGAGGAGGACAGCGGGGACCAGGUGACGGGGGAGGAUCGAGUUGUUACAGUGCUAGGCAUCCUGCAAGCUGGCGGCAUGAAAAGCCAGUCCUUGCUCGACCGCCUGGGUCAGCAGGAGGCGCUGGAUGCAGUGCAGCGGCUGCUGCUCAUCCAGCUGAUAUGCAGCUACUAUGAGGACAAUCAGCUCCAUCUGACGUUGCAACGCAGCCACCUGCUGGAGCGCGAGAUUCUCCAACUGUUCCCGAAGGAACAACUGCAAUACUACCGAACCGAACGGCGUGGCAAGAUAUAUGUGCGGUUCACCAAUAUGAAGCGAAACAAGAGGGUUAACUCUUCCCGCCAGGAGCUGAAGCGAAGGCGCGAAGAUCUGCUCAAGCCGGCGGCCCACGUCUAUACCACUGAUAUCGUGCACAAGGGCCAGACCUUUCCGGCCGACAACGUCUUCAGUCCCGAGAGAUCCGAUUGAAAACACCCAUAUUCCGUUCUAAGUUGAUUAUUUCUAAGCUGAAUCUAUCUCGUGUGUGAUACAGUGAGGGUUCUCUUGAGCGGCCACCACAGUGCCAAGAGAUUGGAUGUGUACAUAGAUUGGCACCAAAUUAUCUGUAGGUGUCCACCCAAAAGAGCUCUCCUUGUACAUAUUUUUAUUUCUAUGUACAUACAUAUAUGUAUAUUUUUAUUUUGUAUGCUCUCUAAUCUGUAUAGGGUAUUUGCGGGUCGACCCGAUCCCGCUGACUGACGAAAUUAAAUCAAAAAUUUUGGAAA